AUGACAUCAUCAUCCUCGGAAAGUACCAAUCAACCAGUGACAGCCCUGACGUAUCGUGGAACUACUCUUGAAUAUGUGCAAGAUUGUUUCCGAUAUUACAAAACGUUGGCAGAACGAAAAUUCAACAAUACUAAACACUUUGUGGUUACCUAUCCGACCGUUUCCAUAUCAUUUUCAAUUCUCUUCCUAAGUCUGGGUUCUCUGUACUUCCGAACACAACGGCAGAUGAAAUUGGCUCAUAAAAAACUUGUGGAUAAUUUGGAGAAUGUAAAGAAACAACGUGUGUAUGAUUUGGUGAAGGAGGCUAAUGAAAUUAAACGAUUGGGAAAAUAA